AUCACGAUGCCCAUGGUGCGGCCCGCAGGCCCGCCCGAGCCUCGCAACCACGCCCGUGUGGUCCGCACGGAGUCCCUCAAGUCGGAGCGCUCGGACAAGCGCGUGUCCUUCAACAAGGACGUGGGCGUGAAGCACAUCCCACGCGGCCAGAAGCAGCAGCAGAUCAAGAACAACCUGGUGCGCGCGCCGCAGGAGGACGAGUGGGCGCACUGCGCAGCCGUGCACCGCGAGCCCGUGAACCUGUCGUCGCGCGAGCUGGAGCAGCAGGCGGAGGACCUCGUCAAGCUGCUGGACCACGUCAACUGCGACACGGCCGUCGUACAAGUACCAGCACCUGGCGGGGCGCGACCCGGACCGCGGAUCGGCUACAAGUCGAUCGACGCCCUCUACGAGCGGGAUGAGCACGGCGCCAAGCUGAACCGAGCACAGAGCGCCGGCUACAAGUCCGUGGACAACCUGACCGAGCACAGCCAGGUGGGCGGCGGGCGGCUGCAAGGCUUCAAGUCCGUGGGUCACCUGCCGAGCACGACGCUCUCCGACAGCGACGACGCGGACAUGUCGCGGCCCAAGCCCUACAAGAACAAGGUCGGGAACAUCAUCAAGAAGUUCAACGCGGAGUCCGACGGGACGCGGCACUCCAACGUCCUGCUGGAGACCGAGAUGGACGUGAGUCCGCGCGGGACGCUGGAGCCCGACCGCUUCCGCAACCACAACAACAACCAGCCCUUCAGCUACACCGGCAGCCUCCCGAUGGCCACCGUGCAGACGGUGCGGCGCCUCUCGCCCACGCGGGACCUGCCGCCCCGCGCUUCCCCCCCGCGCGACUCCCCGCCCAGGGACGCCCCCGUCUAUGCUCAAGUCAACAAGAAGGACGCGCGCGACGCCGAGAGGAACUACCGCAACGCCCGCCAGGAGCGCGAGUACUCGGCCAAGAUCAUCAUCACCGACGACGACCACCGGCCGUUCCAGGACCCGUACGACGACCACUUCCGCGACGCGAAGAACCACUACCAGGAGGACGACGACGCCUACGAGAGCUACCAGGUGCCGGAGGACAACAUCAAGAGACUCCUGCACGAGGACAUCAUGCCGGCGCGCAUGCUCAGCUCUGAGGACCUCCUGGAGGAAUACAAGGAACAGUCCAACAACAACAUCAACAUGUCGUCUGUCGGCGUUCAGACGGACGCCUUGCCGAAGGCGCCGUCGAGGUCGCGCAAGACACACAAGAGCUCGUCCCCUCGCCGACGCGGCAGCACCAGUCGCAGCAGAAGCAGUACCAGAAGCACCACCAGAACUACCACUACGAGCGCGAGCCGGACCAUUACCGAGCUCGAAGCACCACCAGCGGGAGGCAACAUCCACAACAACCUGACGUCGGCGACGCUGGUGCGGCAGGUGAACCACGGCUUCGGGCGCACGGACCGCUCGCCCUCGCCGCCGCUCAGGAGGCCGCAGACCCGCCAGCCGCGCCGGAACGUCGUGCCGCUGCUCGACACGUCCGACUCCGAGGCCGAGCACCGACGGCGCACGGUGGACCCGCUGGCCAGAAUCCGAGACCAGGUGAUGCAGGGAAAAGCUGCAGGAGGAGGAGGAGGAAGAAGAAGAAGCGAGGAACGGCCGCAUCGGAUCAAGGAGAGCGGCGUCAUCCCCUACCGGCCGGAGGAGAUGAUGCCCCUCACCAUCGACGAGGUGGACGCCCUCAGCCUCGUCAUGGAGGACACCGGCAAGAAGUCGCUCGUGGUGUCCAACCAGUCGCAGUCCACCUCCGUGACGCGCACCACCAACCACCGCUCGCGGCGCAGCGAGACCGUGACGGAGCGCGUCCACUCGCAGCCGCACAAGGACAGCCUGCCGCGGCCGCAGAAGCCGCCGCGCGAGAAGAACCACGCCAUCCGCGAGGCGACGCCCACCAGGGGCACAGGAGCAGACGCCGACCCGCGGCCACAGGGAAACGACGCCCACGCGUGGACAUCGUACGCCCACGCGCCUUCCCAGGGAGGCGACGCCCACACGCGGACACAGGGAGACCACGCCCACACGUGCCCACAGGGAGGGCACCUCGUCCCGCCCCCGAGAGCAGCGCAAAGACCGCGCCACGAUGAUGGGAGGAACAGGAAGAACAACUUGGAGAAGGAGCGCGCGGCGAAGGCCUCGAAGCAGAAGGAGGAGAAGAAGGAAAAGAAGAAGAAGCGAAUCAAGAUCAAGUUCUUCUACGACCCGCGCCCGCAGGACGAGCCCGACGUCGACCCGCUGGCCAAGUUCACCGAGUUCGGGUCCUCGUCCGAAGACCGGCCGUCGCGCGCGACGAGCGCCGUCCGGACGACGCCAAGGACGAGUUCCGCCACGAACGGACGCAGCGCGACGAGUACCACCGCAGCGAGCAGAAGGAGGGACCGGCGAGGCUCCCGGGAACAGCUGAACCGGUCGCGCGAGCAGCUGAGCAAGUCCCGCGAGCAGCUGGCUCGGUCGCGCGAGCGGCUAGAUCGAUCUCGCGAGCACCUGGACCGGUCGCGCGAGCGGCUGGACACGACGCCGCGGCAGGUGCGCCACAGCAGCAGGGACGUCCGCGAGACCAAGACGAGGGAGGUGUCCGUCGACGCCCACAACGGCUACGGGACGAAGCGCCCCGCCCGCUCCCGCUCCCGAGACGACCUGGCGGCCUACGACGAGUCGCCGGACGAGCGCCGCAACGACCACGACGACCAGCAUCCCGACGGCGACUACGACGACGAGAACGACGAACGAGGCUCGCCCGACGGAAGGCCCGGGAGGAGUCUCAGCGACAAGUACCGCAGUGGGCCACUCUACGACCCGCCCGCGCCCGAGGACCAGCCGCCCGCAGAGCUCAUCCCGCACACGGAGGAUGAAGAGAAGCAGGAAAAGAUUAUGAGGCAGAGGAAGAAGUUCUUCUCCGUCCUCAUGAGCGACGGACGCAACAAACCCAGCAAGACAAAGACACCGGAACAAGGAACAAAGACAGUGAAGACGAGCAAGAAACCCCCCGCCCCCCAGCCGACCCCCCGCAGAACGCCAGCCCGGAUAAGGCCAAGAAUCAGACUCCCGCAAAGAAGAAGCCAGCAAAGAAGAAACGUGCGUGGCCGUGGGCGUUUCUGGGCUGCGGGGGGCGGGGGGCGGGGGGCGUCCCGGGCGGCACCCCCGGGUCCUGGCUCGUCCCGCAUCGGGUCCUCGCGGAUGUCGUCCAGGGCCUCCUCCCGCGCCUCCUCCCGCAGUUCCCACCGCCCGCGACGUCCCAGUGUGCGAGCCUCCAAGAUCCGCCGUGAAGGCCAACCGCUGUGGUUCAACCGCGAGCGCGACGAGGAGGCGGCGGAGGCGGCCGCGCCGCCGCAGUGGGAGAGCUCGACGCUCAACCGCGCGGAGUUGCGCGCCAAGAAGGACGCUCGCCAGGGGGACAACAGUGGCUUCUCGACAGUGCAGCGACCCAGCGGGGGACGCAAGUACUCGGCAGAGUCCUCGGCGUCCUCGGAGGCGCCCCCGCCCCGGGUGGCUCGCACGACCAGCUUCAAGCACCGCUACUUCGGCGACACGGACAUCGAGAGCAGCCACGGCGUCGGCGCGGGCCCCAGCGUGCCCGACUACCGCAGCCUCCCCAACCGGUCGUCGCGGUCCGCCCACCGGAACGCGGGCAAGGGCAAGAGGGCCACGAGUGGGCCCCGGGGCGUAUCGCCGCCCUCGGGGGUCGCGGGGUCGGCCGGCAGCUCCCUGCAGAGCAGCGAGAGCGAGGUGGACAGCCACGGCGGCUCGCACGCGUCCCGCGCCUCCAAGGCCUCGCGCGUGUCCACGGGCUCCAACCGGUCCGUGUACCUGCACGCCACGGCCGUCGCCGACAUCCCGGUGCGCCGCGCGUCCGAGGAGGUCCCGAGCGAGCGCGGCGUCAACCGCCAGAGCAAGAAGGUGUCGCGCUCCUUCUCGCUGCUGGCCCCGUGGAAGCCGCGCCACUACCGCGAGAAGUACGAGGUGGAGUACGACAACCGCGAGGCGCGCGAGGCCCGCGGCGAGGCUAACAACAGCAAGGGCGCGCUCCCCCCGCGGCCCCCGCGGCGCCCCGCCAACGAGGCCCCCGAUAGCAAGAAGGUCAACCGGUCCCAGAGCAUGUACAAGGACUCCCGCCUGGCCGGCUGGCUCAGGCGCCGCAGGAACAAGGAGGCCAAGGGCAUCUGACGUCAGCCGACCCUCGAGGAGGACUCGGAGUACCUUUGAGCCGCCACGCGACGCAGUCUCCACAGCAUUCCUCGGGCGUCUCGGCUGGGCCGUCGGUCCCGGGCCUACCGACGGCGGUGUCCCCCGUCGCCGGCCGCCGGCCCUCGUCACCAACCUGUUGACUUCCAAGUCGCAUGCCAUAACUCUCAGCCAUGUCUCCUCAUAUAUAUAUAUAUAUAAUAUAUAUAUUAUAUAUAUAUAUAUAUAAUAUAUAUAUAUAUUAUAUAUACAUGCUCAUACUCAUUAACACAGAUGCUGUUAUAAUAUUGCAAAUAGGCUUGAUUCGUCAGUAAUGUUCACUUGCAGCUUUAUGUAAAUAUGUGUAUCUAACAUGCUACAGCUCUGUCCUGUUAUAUAACUACUGCGAGUUAUACUACAGGAUUCAAAAGGUUUGCUCUCGAGACGCGGUCCAUUAGUCGAUGCCAGUCCAAGUACACAAGGGGAAGUGAGGGUCUUCACAAGGAAUCUCGUCCUUACGACCCCCGUGUACAAGGGCGGUAGUGGAUGGCCGAGUCGUAAAAUGCUGUUACAGAAGACUGGACUAGCAACACAGAUUCCCUUCUUUUGAGGAAUGUCGUGGAGUUUGCUGAAUGAAGGAGUUGUGAGCCGCCGUGCGUGUGCUGCCGAGGGAGGGAGAAACGUCGCUUUCGGUUUGUCUUUUGUUUUUGACGCGAUUUUUAUGCUAUUCAAAAUGGCUCUUUGUCGGUUAUCUUUUUUGUGCCACAAAUGUUUUGGGAUACGCUUUCUGAAAGAUUCUUUAAAAAUUGUUAUUAUGAUUAUUUUUCUUGUCUAAAUUUGAUGUAUUCGCGUGUGCUGCACAAGCCAUGAAAUAUUCUUACAUACUGAUGUAUGUAGACAAAAUAUAUAUUUGAUGUACUUAAAGAUAUAUAAAUAUAUAUAUGAUAAGUGACAGUGACAAUCGGUGGAUCUUUUCUAAGUUUUACAAAGGAACUUUUUAAAAGGUACUACGUUUUCAAGACAAAGUAUAAUCUUGAAAGAAAAGGAACAAGAAAACGAACAGUGAGAAAAAUAUAUAGAUCGAUGUUCUACGGAAAAAGAACAUGAAAUAUUUUCCGUGAAAUCCCCUUUUCUUUCUAUUGUUGGACCUUGCAGAAUCCAAGAGACAAUAUAAAAGUAAGUUUAAGACAAAAAAAGGCUUAGUGGGCCAUCUUACACUGCAGAAAAUGGUGCUGAAGGAGAUAUGUAUGAAAUAACUUGCUUUGCGGUUCAGUGUUGUUUUUUUAUAUAGAGAGAGAUACAUAUAAAUAUUUUUUUAAGUGAGCUUCUUGCCAUGAAUGCAUCUUGAGCUUGUUUACCCUUUCAACCUAAAUUAAAUAUAGGUUAUUGAGGGUAGGAGAAAAAAAUAUAACAUUCCCUUAUAUAAAAUGUGUUCGUAAGUCCUUGUACAAGGUGUUGUUGUACUGAAAAUGUUAUGAAAAAAGGAAAACCAUUAGCAAGUUGAGACCAAGUUAUGUAUUGACUCUUUUUUUCUUUAUAAUUAUAUCAUUAUUUUCUGACGCCCUUCCUCACCAAUUUUAUCAUUUAUUCUCUCCCACCCUCCCCUUGGUUUCAUUUUUUAUUAUUUCUCUUUAUAUAUAUAUACAUAGAAUUCCAUCCAUUUCAUUAGUGUGAAUACUGACUUAGUCCGAUAUGUGUUGCCAUAUGAAUCAGGUAUACAGGAACAGGAUAUAUGGGAAAAAAUAUCAUAUAAACGUGAUAAAAAAUCAUCGUUUUUGGUUAUCCAUUAUAUUCCGAAUUCCUAUCUAUCUGACAAAACCAUCGUGUAUAUUUAAGAUUUAUUACUAAAGAUAUAAUCAAAAAGAUAUAUAAUUGAUUCGUGGAUUCUUUUUUAUCUAAAGAAAAGAUAUAUAUAUAAGAAUAAGAAGAUACAUAUUAUAGAUUUGUUUUUAUAUCAUUCACUCCACAGGGUCUGUGUUUGUGUUAAGGUAAUUCUAUAGCUUCUGAUUCUUAGAAGAUCAGUGGUGCAGUUGAAAGAAAAUUAGUUGUUUUUUAUGUAUAUUGCAAUGUUGCCUGUUGGGUGAGAAGAUUAGGUAGAUGCAAUUGAUUAUAGAGGUUGCUAUCAAUGGUUGAUGUUGACGUUUGGAAUGAAAUUAAGAUGUUUUGGUUUGUAAGAUGACGUGUUGAUAUGCCAUGUACUAUUAGUGAGUCGGUUGGUGAUUUUGAAGCUUUCUUAAAAGACGAAUCAAGAUGAGAUGGACUUUGAUGAGGAAAGGACAGUAAAGGAAUAAAUAUAAAGAUAUAGACAAAAAAAAACACAAGAGAAAUAGUCAUAGAGAAAGAAAGAGAGAGGGAGAAGAGAACAUUGACUAUAGACACAAAUAUUAACGAAAGAAGUAAGGGCUAUAACCCACAACCCAAACACAGACCUGCUCAACAAUACCACGCGCUAACAACCGUGACUGGAUUUGUAUAUUAUCUAUAUUUUUUUCGCAACAGCUAUGGUGUCCUCGCAUUGUAUGUUUUCAAACCCAUUGUAAUUGCAUAACACACUAAGUUUUUACAUGUUCAUUUGCUGUCUCAAUGCCAAAAGCGGAAUACAUUGUAAAUAAUCAUAAUAAAUAUCUUAACUAUA